UUGUCCUGGGUUUCCAGGUGCUCCUGGCUGACCAUCGGGUCCAGGAGGUCCUGGAGGUCCAGCUGGUCCAGGUGGUCCUUGGUUUCCAGGCUGACCGGGGUUUCCAGGUGGUCCUGGUGGUCCAGGCUGACCUGCACCUCCUGGCUGUCCAGGAUUUCCUGGCUGGCCAUCUUGUCCUGGGUUUCCUGGUUGUCCCUUGCCUCCUGGGUUUCCAGCUGGACCAGGAGGACCGGGAGGGCAGUUGAAGCAUGGCUGUGGAGGCGGCGGAGCUGGCGUGGCUGGUGGUCCAUCGGGUCCAUCUCUACCAGGUUGACCAGGCUGACCAUCGGCUCCAGGUUCUCCAUCUUGUCC